AUGAACCAGCGGAAAUCUACUCUGCGCUCCGGCAAGGUACAAGCCGAUGGGCAGGAGAAGGACAUCAUCAUGAAAGUCGAACAGAAAGUCUCAAACGCCUUGACAGUACUCUGGUCGGAAAUUGAUCCCUGGCAACAAGACAAUCACUACAUUCACUCAGGCUAUCGACCAGCUAGCAACUCUUUCUCCCGCUCAUUUGCCUCGCUAGCUUACAUGCACAACGAAACUGUUAACAUCUACACGCAUCUUCUCGGUGCAGUGGCUGCUCUCAUCUGCUCGAUAUAUUUGCACUCUCUUAUCAAGCCGAGGUACGACAGAGCAACAGCUGAGGAUGUCAUUGUCUUUGGCUGUUUCUUUGGUGGUGCUGUGGCUUGUUUGGGUAUGAGUGCCACGUAUCAUGCCAUCUCCAAUCAUUCGCCCAAGGUCAGCAAGAUUGGUAAUCAGCUCGACUAUGUCGGCAUUGUGUGUCUGAUCUGGGGAAGCUUCAUACCGAGCAUCUUCUACGGCUUUGCGAGAGAGCCUGGGUACAUUGCUGUCUACUGGUCCAUGAUUACACUGAUCGGUAUUGGCUGCGCGACUGUCUCUAUUCUGCCCAGCUUCAGAACGCCCAAAUGGCGACCCUUCCGUGCAGGCAUGUUCGUUGCCAUGGGUCUGAGCGCUGUCAUUCCUGUAUUGCAUGGCAUCUCGCUGUUCGGCGUCGAGCAAUUACAACGUCAGAUGGGUCUUUCAUGGCUGGUUCUACAAGGCGUCUUAUAUGUUUCCGGUGCCGCAAUCUAUGCUGCUCGUGUACCAGAACGUCUGAAGCCCGGCUCCUUCGACAUUUGGGGCAGCUCUCAUCAGAUCUUCCACGUCUUGGUAUUACUCGCAGCAGCAUCGCACUUUAUUGGCCUUGUCAAAUCAUUCGACUAUGAGCAUAGUGCCCGCGCUCAGGCCGACAAUGUUGUGUAUGGUUUCAACCACAUCUUCUCGAAAAACUGA